GCAAGCUUUGAUCUGCUUUUCUAUGUCAGUAAUCGUGUUUGGAAUGUCUAUUUUUUCUGGCAAAAUAUUCGGGCACACAAAAGAAUUGUGGGCCCUUGCCUUCUGGGGCCCAGCGCUAUAUUUCUGCCUCAUUAGCUUCGCAUUAAAAUACUUGUACAGAGGAUUUCUUUAUGAGGUAUCCAUACGUUCAACAUUCCUCGGGGCAGCUUUCAUAAUUGGCUACUUCUUGUCGACCUUCAGUGAUGGUGUGGCAGUUUUUGGAAAGUACUUAGCCAUACUAUCAUUCUUCCACUUCUCAGAGUUUAUGGCCGUGGCAAUUCUGAACCCACGGACAUUGACUAUAGACUCUUUUAUAUUGAAUCAUAGUGUUCAGUACUGGGUAGCUGCCGUUGCUAGCUGGGUGGAGUGGGGCUUGGAGUAUUAUUUUGUCCCUAGUAUGAAAACAUGUUUUUGGUUGUCCACAAUUGGAGUCCUUAUGUGCAUUGCUGGUGAGGUCUUCAGGAAAGGAGCCAUGAUCACUGCUAGAACAAAUUUUAACCAUACAGUGCAGUUUGUGAAGCUGCCAGAUCACCAAUUGGUGACGCAUGGGGUAUACUCCUUCUGUCGACAUCCCAGCUAUGUCGGAUGGUUCUACUGGUCCAUCGGCACUCAGAUAACACUGCUAAAUCCAAUCUGCACAGUGAUAUAUAUGAUAGCGUCAUGGAAAUUUUUCAACGAACGAAUAUACGCCGAGGAACUAACAUUGCUAAGUUUCUUUGGAUCCCAGUAUGUCGAGUACCAGAACAAGGUUGGCACAGGCCUGCCCUUCAUUAAAGGAUAUGUGCACACAGGCAACGUGCUAAAUAAAUCGAUAGAGUCGGCCGUACAACUUUUGGAAAUGGAGAACAUAUCACCAUAUGUGGGAAAGUGCGACGACAGAUUAGCAGACCCCAUCUUGCAAACCGUCAGUCGGGAAAAGGACCUCAUUGUCAUCCCCAAAUAUAAAGUUAAUCAAGAACCAGAAGAUAGUAAACAAGAUAAUUUAAACGUCAAUACGAUAACAAAAGAAAUCUCUAAAGAAACAGAAAUGGAAAUUGAGAAAGUUCUCGAAAGUUCUUUUAAUUCUGUAAAUUCGUCUUCCCCGGAAGUGACGAAUUUUGUUGAUGACAAUAAAAAGGUUAUUGUUGAGGAUGACAGUAAAUGCGAAAACGACAGUACUGAGCACCAUUUCGAUGUAACAAGAAAACUAUCGAUUAAAGUAAGUUAUCCGACUUUAGCACCAUUUUUGGCCGCCAUCUUUGAAAGUGUGGAAGACGUUACAGCGCAGACCUGCGGUGGGAUCGUGCUCGCUCCAGAAUGGGUGUUGACAGCUGCCAGUUGCAUCAACCUGUUAUAUAACUUGUAUACGAACCAGACAUCGGAAAACGCAACAGCGAAGAGUCAGUACACUAUUAUAGCGAACACGUCGGACCCGUUCUCUGAAGGCACCGUUCACAACGUCACUGAGAUCCACCUGCAUCCCGAUAAGAAGCUGGUGCCUGAAGUAGGCAAUGUCACGAAGCCCUUUUCGGCCUUCAAAGACAUGAAGUGGCGCGUAGUCAGCCCGACGCUGGCCAUGUUGCGUGUGGUGCCGCCUAUAGAGGUGGAGGUGGUAGACAUGGUCACCGCUUUCGUGCCGCCCAAGACUGACGUCAUGGUCUACGGAUGGAUGCUCAAGAAGAACGAUUCCGAACACGAAUACUUGCGACAGACGUCGUUCGCGGCCAAGACAUUGUCCCCGCGCGAGUGUAAAGUCAUGCAAAACAUGUCCACGGCGAUGGUCUGCUUGUUCCACGAAGGGAAUAAACAGUUUAGCGAGGACUCCUCUCAAUUCUGGAUGAGCUCCGGUGGUCCUGUGCUGACCCUGAACCAGGGCGUGGUGAAAGUGCUGGGAGUCGCGAGGACCGAGCAAAACCUGCCCUCGGCCAUCUUACCGCUCGCCACCCACGCGCACUGGAUCAACCAUCUCAUUUUUAAUAAAUAAAU